AUGAGUGAUUCAAAUAAAUCUUACUGGUCAUUUGAAGAGGAACAUUGUUUACCUUACACCACUACUGUUACUAAUACUAUUAGUACUACAACAACGGCUACAUUAACAAUAACUACUACUGCUACUACUGACAUAGAUCAUGUUAGUGGUACAACCGAUGCUUCAUCUGUACAUUUUCCAUUAGUUUCUAUGACUGUUCCAAUUAGUACUUCAGAUGUCAUUUAUCCAAUUCAUAGAUUAGAAAGUCAAUUUUUUGAAAGAACAAUAGAAAGAAGAGGAUUACAACAUUCAGAAGGAUUAUAUAUUGAAAGUACUCCAAUAUGUCAGGAAUUUAAGAAUAUAUUAUAUUUUCCUCAAAGUCAACGGCAAGUACCAUCGUAUACUAUGGAGGUAUCAACCGUAACAUUUGCAGGGUCUUCUCAGAAAUCAACUCCAUAUAUUUCUAAAAUAGGUGAACAUGAAAAGACUCAAGGUUGUAUCACACCAUCAUCUUCCAGCUAUGGUGAACCUAGUAUUUAUCACUUCACUACUAGUCAGAUUGAAGAGGAAUCUAGAUUAACACCAUCGUACACCUCGGUGAACACAGCAUCUGUAAACUAUGCGCGGAAACAUUCAAGGAGAUCAUUUGAUAUCGAAAGAGAAAAGUUCCCUUAUCAAAGCGGACUACUUGAACAUCCAUCAAUAUGUCCUAAAAAGUCACGGCGGGUUUCGUGUAUUGCAAGGAGUUUUCGUAGUUGGGUAUUCAUCCUAGCAGUCUGUAUCUGUAUCAUGGAAUAUUUGGCACCUCUUUCCUCAUCGUUGUUUGUAAUACGAAAUGCCGAACACGUGUGCAUUAACAUGGAGAACAUUCAACGUUUAGUGGGAAUGGAAGGGGUAAACUUGUUAAAUCCUGAAGUAUAUCAAACUGUGACAGAGGAGCAAUUGAGACACAUAUUUCGUUCACAUACAGCUGAGCCUAUACCAUUAUUUGAUGAGAGAUUAAAUGCUCUGAGGUGUGCUGGGAAAACUUUACUUGAGAAUUUCGAUGGGUCAUUUAAAAAUGCUCUGUCCUCGUGUGAAAAUUCUGCGGCAAAGCUUCUAAAGUUAUUGUGUGAUUAUUUCCCUUCUUUCCGCGACUAUAGUAUAUACAAAGGAAAACACGUGUCAUUCUUAAAACGUGCUCAGAUCUUGAUUGGUGAUUUGUGGUACUGUUUUGAGGGCAAAGGGUUUGGGUAUUUCCACGAUAUAGAUGAGAUUACUGCGUUUGCCGAUUACAGAGUUCCACAAGUGUUAUGUUAUUUUGGUGCUAUAGAAUACAGUGAGGAUUUAACAAAAAGGAUACGCAACGGUGAAGAAAUUGCAAAUGGAAGCGAAUUAGAAGUUGAAAUUCGAGCAGCGACAAUACUAGCUGUGCAUAAUAUCGCCAAGUCCUUAAAUAGUAAAAAUAUUAGUUGCAAUUCAAUUGUGGUGGAUAAUUUUCUUUGGAAUUAUCGACGUUCUCAUGCUGAUGAAAUUGAUGCCAAAAUUCCAAUGCAUAGGACACGUUGCAUAUACUAUUGA